AUGGUAGAAAAGGGCGGGGAACGCCAGAGGAGCAACUCGUCGUCGUCGUCGCGAUUUUCGCUCGGCUCGACUGGCCGUCUGAGCUUCAACGGGUCGAUGCGGCUGAACGACCUGCUGAACGAGGACGACGAUCGGAUGCGAACACUUUUCUACCACCUGGACAGUCAAGCGAUCGGGCGAGCCAUGGAGCGAGCCUCCUACACGCACGUCGUCGGCGAGAAUAUUGAAGCAGCCAGCGUGGAGAUUACCGUCGGCGCUGAUGACGACAGCAUCCACAAGCUCCGCGACGCCUCCCUCGACCCCAACAUGGACAUUUCGGACAGCGACUCGGCGAUGGUCGAGCGAGAAUCACUAGGCUCCACCCACUCCAACGAGAGCGGCAGCCUGCCGAAGGAGCAGAGCAAAAUCGGGCAGCUGUUCGACAAGGCGAAGCGCAGCGGCAAGCGGCUCGUUGAGAAGAAGAAGGAACCAACGCCCGAAUUGAUCGACGAGGCGUCACAGUGUCAGCUGCUCGACACGGCGCAGGAUGUGGCGCGGGAACCCACGCCGGCGCUUGAGGAGCCGCCAACAAUUGUCGCCGCCACACCGACGGUCGGCUCGCUGGCCCGACACUGCCGCACACUGCCCUUCUUCCAACAACGGAUGUUCCUGCUCGGCCUCUUGAUAGCAUUCACCUUUGUAUUUUCCGGGUUCUUCACCGGCAUCAUGUGGGGCGUCUACCUGUCGUUGAUCAGCUUCCUCUACCUGUUCGUCUCCGACCCGCACCCCAAAAGAAAAAUCGACCCCGUUGUCGAGGAAUUUACGGACGCGGAAAUCGCGGAAGAAGCCCAUGAAGCCGUCGACACGGCCGGCUUGGGCGAGGCUGUAGUUUAUAAGGGCUGGAUGAACGAGCUGCGCUCGCGCUACCACCCGGCCAGCUACCACGUCAACAACACGCAGUCGGUGCUCGUGCGAUUGGAAAAUAACACACUGCGCGUGUCGCGGCCGGCGAAAUCGGUGCUGAAGCACGCGUUCCACAUGGACCCCACCCUCACCUCGCCCACGCCCACGAUCACCGCGCAGACCAUCUACGAUUUGACGGACGCCAAGGUAUCCCUCCGCCCGAAGCGCCUGGCCGCCCGUCGAUGGUGGUCCCGGAAGUACCCGGUUGCGAUCCGCUUCGCCCACAAGGGCUCCGCGCUCGCCGAGGUCGACAUGACGCGCUCCGGCAUGAGCAGCCAGCACUCCUCGCAGUCGAUCGUCGACGAGUACGCGGCUUACCAGCGGGGAAAGUCUCGGAAACGGGCCCAAUCGGAGACCGUAUCCGUCUCCCUGCACCACAGCGCUGCGGCCAACGCGACGAAGGGCGAUCUACCGAUGCCGCCCAGCAGCCAGUCCGAGGUUUUACCGCCGACCCACAUCGAGGAGUUGAACUACGACGCGGAAUCCGACUCGACGACUGACGAUGAAGGCUCGCCGAAUCCGAUAAUGCGCUCCAACUCGGCCGGCGACCUGACCGACUACUCGACCCGGUCGAAGGGGUGCAACGCGAAGAACAAGGGCCGCACCAUCUACCUGUUCUUCCGCGCCGCGCGCGAGAAGGAGCGCUGGUUCCAUUUGCUCCGCGAAGCGUGCAGCAAGAGCCGCACCAAGAACCCGCCCAAGCCCAACAGCAGCUUCAGGCUGGCGCGGCUGGGCAGCGUCCCCGGCGGCCUGGACAAGCUCGACGAGGAUGCGCCGAACGGGCUUGAGCACGAGUUCAUGCUCUACAAGAUUAACCACAUUCAGUUUGCCAAGCAACUCCUGGGCGUGAUGGGCUGUACGCCGAUGUGCUCGCCGGAUCCCGGGUCGACGGUCACCGUGGAUUUGGGAUCGAUUAAAUGGAAGCCGAGCACGCCGGAGAGCAACUCGGAGCUCGUCUCCUCCGUCCACGCGCUCGCCUCGCGCAUCUUUUUCGACUUUUGCCGCGACAAGUACUGGACCAAGUGCAUCAAGGAGAAGAUCCAGGCCAAGAUCUCAACAGUUCAUCUGCCCUACUUCAUCGAGAAGCUCGAGCUGAGCGAGCUGGACCUCGGCACAAACACGCCGAGCAUCGUCGGCGUCUACUCGCCCAAGAUGGACGAGUGGGGGCUGUGGGUGGACUUUGAGCUACGCUACAAAGGCUGCAUCCGGCUCGUGCUCCAAACGUCGGUGAAUCUCAUGAAGCUGCAGAGUGGUCAACACCAAGCAGAAGCACAGCGAAAGGUAUCCCGCUGGACGGACUCUGUGCGCGUCUCCCACCACUCGGACCCCGACCUGCCCGAAUCCCCCGAGAGCAGCCCCGACGAGGAUUUCGGCUCGAAGAACGUGGAGAGCUCGGCCAAAGCAAAGACGGGCAAGAAGAUUUUGUCGAUCGUUGAACGGGCCGCGCAAAGCUCCAUCCUGCAAAAGGUGGCCAAGAUCCACAAGGUGGCCAAGUUGAUCGAAGAGGUCUCGUCGACGCCGCUCAUCCUGAACGUCACCGUCGAGGUGGUCGAGGGCACGAUGACGGUCAACUUGCCGCCGCCCCCGUCGGAUCGGAUAUGGUAUGCCUUCCGGAAACCGCCCACGCUCAACAUCAAAGCCGUGCCGCAGGUCGGGGAUAGGUCGGUCGACAUGUCGACCGUGUCCGACUGGAUCGAGUCGAAGCUACGGCUUCUUAUCGAGAAGAAUUUGGUAUGCCCAAAUAUGGACGACAUCAUCCUGCCGGUCAUGUCCGGCAACGCCCUCCUGCACAUGGGCUACAACAAG